AUGUGGCCUCAACUCCUUCUAGGAAUUUUGGCCCUAUCAUCUGUCCUGGCGGAAAAGCUCUUUCCAAACUAUGUCGUGACAUUGCCAGCCCAACUCAACUUUCCAUCUGCUCAGAAGGUUUGCUUGGAUCUGAGUCCUGGGUACAGUGAUGUAAAAUUCACAAUCACUCUGGAAACCAAGGACAAGACUCAGAAGUUACUAGAACACACUGGAUUGAAGAAAAGACAUUUACAUUGCAUCUCCUUUUUGGUGCCACCUCCUGCGGGUGGUACAGAAGAAGUGGCCACAAUCCGGGUGUCGGGAACAGGAAAGAAUGUCAACUUCGAAGAGAAGAAAAAGGUCCUCAUUCAGAGGCAAGGGAAUGGUGUCUUCAUACAAACUGACAAACCUGUCUAUAACCCAGGGCAGCUAGUGCACUUCCGAAUCGUCACCCUGAACAGCAACUUUGCUUCAGUGAAUGAGAAGUACUCCCUGGUAGAACUGCAGGAUCCAAACAGCAACAGGAUUGCACAGUGGUUGGAAGUGGUGCCCGAGCAAGGCAUUAUAGACCUCUCCUUCCAGCUGGCACCCGAGGCAUCGCUGGGCACCUAUACAGUGGUAGUGGCUGAAGGCAAGACCUUCGGCACCUUCAGUGUGGAAGAAUAUGUGCUACCCAGAUUUAAGGUGGAAUUGGUGGAGCCCAAGCAGUUAUCAACAGUGGAGGACUCUUUCUUGGUGAAAAUUUGUUGUCGGUACAUCUAUGGAAAGCCCGUACAAGGAGUGGUGCAGGUAUCAGCCUGUCAGAAGGCUUUUGAUUACUGGUCUCCAGAAGGAAAGUGGGAACCAUUGCCUAAUAAAUGCAGAAAGCUCUCUGGACAGACUGACAGAACAGGAUGCUUCUCAGCAUCUGUGGACAUGUCUACCUUCAACCUCACAAGUUACAUGUACAAUCACAACAUUGAUAUUGUGGCCUCUGUGGCAGAGGAAGGGACAGGAAUGGAGGCCAAUACCACUCAGAGUGUCUACAUUUCUUCACAAAUGGGAUCAAUGACCUUUGAAGAUACCAAUAACUUUUAUUACCCCAAUUUCCCCUUCAGUGGGAAGAUUAGAGUUAAAGGCCAUGAUGACUCCCUCCUCAAGAACCAUCCAGUGUUCCUGGUGAUUUAUAGCACAAAUGGAACCAUCAACCACACCCUAGUCACUGAUGACAGUGGACUGGCCUCCUUCAAGCUGGAGACAGUGAAUUGGAAUGGGACAGGCAUUUCUUUGGAAGGCAAGUUCCAAAUGGAGGAUUUGGUACAUAAUCCAGAACAAGUGCCUCGUUACUAUCAAAAUGCUUACCUGUACCUGCAACCUUUCUACAACACAACACGCAGUUUCCUUGGCAUCCACCAGCUAAAUGGAAUCUUGAAAUGUAGUCAGCCCCAGGAAGUGCUGAUGGAUUACUACAUUGACCCAGCUGAUGCGACCCCUGACCAGGACAUCGUCUUCACCUACUUUUUAAUGGGGAAAGGGAGUUUGGAGAUGGAAGGGCAGAAAUACCUGAACUUCAAGAAGCAAGGACGGAAAGGUUCCAUCUCUCUCUCACUGACCUUCACUUCCAGAGUAGCUCCUGACCCUUCCCUGUUGGUCUAUGCCAUCUUCCCCAACGGAGGUGUUAUAGCUGAUAAAAUUCAAUUCUCAGUGGAGAUGUGCUUUGACAAUCAGGUUUCCCUAGGCUUCUCGCCUUCCCAGCAGCUUCCAGGAGCAGAUGUAGAACUGCAACUGCAGGCAGCUCCUCAGUCCUUGUGUGCAGUCCGGGCCGUGGAUGAGAGUGUCCUACUUCUUAGACCAGAGAGGGAGCUGAGCAACAGUUCUGUCUAUGGGAUGUUCCCAUUCUGGUAUGGUCACUACCCGAAUCAGGUGGCUGAAUUUGAUGAGUGUCCUGUGUCUGGCCUGUGGGACCCUGUGCAGCCCCUCAUUGACCCCGUGCCAGAAGAACGUUGGAGCAAGCGUUCUACAAUAUGGAGACCUUGGUACUCUGAGGGCACAGACCUCUUCAGGUUUUUCCGGGAAAUGGGCUUGAAAGUGCUGUCUAAUGCCAAAAUCAAGAAGCCAGUUGAUUGCAGUCAAUGGUCUGGAGCCCGCAUACUUGGUGGUGGAGCAGGUAAUGUUGUCAGUCAGCCGAUGGCUUUUGAGUCAACAUCGUCAUCAUCAUCAUCACCUCUGUCAGAGGAGUCACAGGUCCGCCAGUACUUCCCAGAUACUUGGCUGUGGGAUUUGUUUCCUGUUGGUAACUCGGGGAAGGAGACAGUGCAUGUCACCAUUCCAGACACCAUCACCGAGUGGAAGGCGAUGACUUUCUGCACAUCUCAGUCCAGCGGUUUUGGUCUUUCACCCACGGUUGGACUAACGGCAUUCAAGCCAUUCUUCAUAGAUCUGACUCUUCCUUACUCUAUAAUUCGUGGAGAAUCCUUUCGUCUUACUGCCACCGUAUUUAAUUAUCUAAAGGACUGCAUCAGGGUUCAGACUCACCUGGCUCAAUCAGUCGCAUAUCAUAUGGAAUCACAGGCAGAUACUGGGGCCUCCAUCUGUCUCUGUGCUGAUGAAGCAAAAACCUAUCACUGGAAUGUCACAGCUGUCACACUGGGUCUUGUAAACUUUACUAUCAGUACUCAGAUUCUUGACAGCAAUGAACUCUGUGGGGACGAGAAAGGGUUUGUUCCAGCAAAGGGUCAGAGUGACACACUCAUUAAACCAGUUCUGGUGAAGCCUGAAGGAGUCCUGGUGGAGAAGACACACAGCUCCUUGCUGUGCCCCAAAGGGAAAGUAGCUUCAGAGUCCAUCUCCUUGGAGCUCCCAGUGGAUGUUGUUCCUGACUCAGCUAAGGCUACUAUUACUGCUACGGGAGACAUUAUGGGUACCGCCCUGCAGAACCUAGAUAACCUGGUGCAGAUGCCAGGUGGCUGUGGGGAGCAGAACAUGUUGAGGUUUGCGCCCAUUAUCUAUGUGCUGCAGUACCUGGAGAAGUCAGGGCAGCUGACUGAGGAAAUCAGAUCCCUGGCAGUGGGCUUCUUGGAGCAAGGUUACCAGCAGGAGCUGUUAUUCAAACACCGCAACGGCUCAUACAGUGCCUUUGGGGAGCAGGAUGAACAUGGAAACACAUGGCUGACAGCCUUUGUCACCAAAUGCUUUGUCCAAGCUCAGAAAUUCAUCUUCAUUGAUGACAAGACCAUCCAGGCUGCUCUUAAGUGGAUGGGGGGAAACCAGCUCCCCAGCGGCUGCUACACCAAUGUGGGAAAGCUUUUCCACACAGCCAUGAAGGGUGGAGUUGACGAUGAGGUUUCCUUGACUGCCUACAUCACCGCAGCUUUGCUGGAGAUGGGAAAGACCACUGAUGACCCUAUGGUGAGUCGGGGUUUGCAGUGCCUCAGGAGUUCAGUUUCCUCCACCACCAGUUUGUAUACGCAGGCCUUACUAGCCUACACUUUCUCUCUGACUGGGGACAUGGACAUCAGAAAUACUCUUCUUGAAAAGCUAGACCACAAGGCUGUUGUCUCAGGCCAGUCCAUUUACUGGAGUGAGAAACCUGCUAGGUCAUCGCAUGCCAGCCCUUGGUCUGAGCCCAAGGCUGUAGACGUGGAACUUACUGCAUAUGUUUUAUUGACCUGGCUUAGCAAAGCUGGAUUGACUCAAAAGGAGAUAGCCAAGGCCACCGGCAUAGUGUCUUGGUUGACCAAGCAACACAAUGCGUACGGGGGCUUCUCUUCCACUCAGGACACAGUAGUUGCUCUCCAAGCUCUUGCAAAGUAUGCCACCACUGCCUAUGUGUCUUCCAAUGGGGCCAGCCUAACUGUGAAGUCCACUGGGAAUUUCCAGCACACGUUCAGCAUCCAGGCUGCCAACAGCUUAGUGUUUCAUCAGAAGACUCUGCCCAAUGCCCCUGGAGUGUACACCUUGGAGGCCUCAGGCCAGGGCUGUGUCUAUGUGCAGGUGGUGCUGAGAUACAAUAUUCUCCCUCCGAAAAAUAUGGAGACCUUUAGUCUUAGUGUGGAAAUGGGAAACACUAAUUGUGAACAGCCUGUUUCCCCUCGAUCCUUGACUCUUAGCAUUCAUGCCAGCUAUGUGGGGAGUCGCAGUUCUUCCAAUAUGGCCAUUGUGGAAGUGAAGAUGCUUUCUGGCUUCAAUCCCAUAGAGGGCACCAAUCAGUUACUUCUCCAGCAACCACUGGUAAAGAAAGUUGAAUAUGGAACUGACACACUUAACAUUUACUUGGAAGAGCUCAGCAAGGAAACUCGGAACUAUACCUUCACCAUCAGCCAAAGUGUAUUGGUCACCAACUUGAAACCAGCAGCCAUCAAAGUCUAUGACUAUUACUUACCAGAUGAACAGGCAACAAUCCAAUAUUCUGAUCCAUGUGAAUGAGGAUAGAAGCUGGAAAAGAACUAAAUUAUUCUUCUAUGACAUUACUGGACAAUGUUCUUCUGCCCCUUAACGAGCAUAAUCAAUUUCAGUCAAAUCCUUUGCUUUCCCUAACUGAACAGGGAGUGGGCCUGAAUCUCAGUUACUUUCUACCCCCUGGCAGAUGUAUAGGUGUGGGAAUAAAGCCCUGGGGGAGACGGAGCAAGAAUAAUCACACAAAGGAAUUGCAAGGGGAAGAUCACUGUGGGAGGGGACGUGGCUUAGUCUGUGAUCCAGGGAAGAUAAGAAUGUCUUCCUAGAGGCUACAGCAAAAGAAAGAUGGAAUUUAGGGCUUUGGGGGGAUAGACUAA